AUGAAACACCUUCUUCUUCUGCGGCCAGCAGACCCAUACGACUUCCUUUACAGAUACUAUAGGACUCUGGCUCAGGAGUCUGUUCCCAUCAAGCUGAUUCUCGAUAUGAUAUCAGAGCUUCCGCUGGAUGCGGUUGAUAUCUUCUGUCUCUAUAUGAGUCGUCUAUUUUCAAUCCUGAAGGAUAACCAGGUGUAUGUAGAGGGCAUUUGCAACGCGUCGAGCCACUACAUUCUCACGAACAAGCUCGUUAACGAGGAAGGCCGGCUGCUACUAUCGCAAACGAGCAUGCACAAAGUGCUGCCUCUCUGCAUGAUCCAGAAUGUUCCACACGUUGACUUUUCAUUGUUUCUGGCAAAGAUACGAGCAGCAUUUGUUAUAAACAAGGUGAUCCGACUGCUAUACAAUGUCCUGCAGGACCUGUCUGUCAAUGGAAGAGUUCCUGAGAGCGCCAUAAAGGUUUUGGCAUACUAUAUUCCGAUAGCACAAUCCUUUUCCUUGAGCUUCUUACCACCGUCCUCUCUGGAGAUAGACACGGAGCUUCACAAGGAUGCAGGACUAGGAGAGAAGGAGGAACAGCCUAUUGAGUCUGCGAUGGAGGUACUGGUGAAGAUGAUUCUACGUACCGAUGCCCUACUAGUUCACUGCGACACCGACGACCGCUAUGAGAAGACGGAUCUCCAACUCAUCCACGUGGCCUCUGACUUCUGGGGCAUGAUCUAG